AUAAAAACAAGCGGAGAAAACCUACACCUGCUAUAAAUUUCAACUAUGGUGCAAGUACGUCCAACAAUCUAGAAGUCGAAAUAGCUGCUUCACACGGAAAUAGCAUUGGACAAGCAUCAUAUCAAAGAAGAAAAUGUGGCUUUAAACCAGAAGAUAGACCAGAUAUUGUGUCGAGAAUUUUCAAAAUGAAAAAUGAGGACCUAUCGCUUAUGUCAAAUCCGGCAAACCAUUUGGAGAAAUCGAAGCAGAUGUCUGUACGAUUGAAUUUCAGAAAAGAGGACUUCCUCACUCUCAUAUGUUAUUUUGGCUGAAAAAAAAUUACAAAUGUUAUACGGCAACAGAUAUUGAUUCAAUCAUUUGUGCUGAACUGCCUGACCAAAAUAUUGAUCCAAUGUUGUACAAAAUUGUUAGCCAAUUUAUGAUUCACGGUCCUUGCGGAGAAUUAAAUUCAAAAUCUCCUUGCAUGCGAGAUGGAAAAUGUUCAAAAUUUUAUCCAAAGCCAUACAAGAUGAAUACUACAUUUGAAACAAAUGUUGCACCCAUAUAUAGACGCCGUGAUGAUGAAACAAAAUUCGUAAUGAAGAAAGGUGUUCGAAUUGAUAAUCGUUUUGUAGUGCCAUACAACCAAGAUCUAUUAUUAAGGUAUAACGCUCAUAUAAACGUAGAAUCUUGCUCUCAGUCCAUGCUAAUAAAAUAUCUAUUCAAGUACAUUAAUAAAGGCCCAGAUAGAGCUAGAGUUGGUUUCCAAGAAAAUCUAAAUGAUGAGAUUCAAGCAUACCUUAGUUGUAGAUAUAUAUCUCCUCCUGAAGCUAUUUGGAGAUUAUUUGAAUAUCCUAUUCAUUCCAGACAUCCUGCUGUCGAACGGUUAGCAGUCCAUAUGUUUUUAGAACAAAACAUUGUUUUUGAUGAAAAUCAAUCACUUGACUCCGUUCUUUCCAAUAAAUGUUCAAAAGACACAAUGCUUACAGGAUGGUUUAAAGCAAAUGAACUUUACAGUGAUGCGAAGACAUUAACCUAUGCAGAAUUUCCGUCUAAAUUUGUUUGGGACCGUCAAAAAAGUUUAUGGAAACCUCGAAAACAAGGAUACUCGAUAGGUAGAAUAGCUAAUGUUUAUCAUACAGCUAGUGAAUUAUAUUAUUUAAGAAUGCUUCUAAAUGUGCAAAAAGGAUGUUCAAGUUACGCUGCUGUCAGAACUAUUGACAAUAUUUUGUAUCCUUCAUAUCAAGAUGCAUAUAGAGCUUUGGGACUAUUAGGCGAUGAUAAAGAAUGGUCUGAAGCACUUAUAAAUACAUCAUAUACAGCGUCAUGCUCAGAAAUUCGUCACCUAUUUGUUACAAUUAUCUUAUUUUGUGAAGUGGCAAAUCCACAACAACUUUUUAAUGCUCACUGGAGAUGCAUGUGUGAUGAUCUUCUAUACAAACUUCAAACCAAUUUUGCAAUGCCGAAUUUAGUAGUACCUGACUCUGAAUUGCAAAAUUCACUUUUGUUUGAAUUAGAGCAAAUUCUAAACACAUCGUCUAGCUCUUUAAAAGAUCAUAGAUUACCUAUGCCAGACGAAAAUAAGAUGCUAGAGCUUAGAAACAAACUGCUCCGAGAAGAAUUAGAUUAUGAUCGUAUUGCCUUACAACAAGAGCAUUCAAUCUUACUUCCAUAGUUAAAUGACGAUCAAAGAAUUGUAUACGAAAAUAUUAUUCAGACAGUUUCUAAUAAAAUGUCUGGAUUGUUUUUUGUAUAUGGUCACGGAGGAACGGGCAAAACUUUUCUAUGGCACACAAUAAUCAGUAAAUUACGGUCUGAAGGAAGAAUUGUAUUAGCUGUUGCUUCAUCAGGAAUUGCUUCGUUAUUAUUACCAGGUGGCAGAACUGCUCAUUCUAGAUUUAAAAUACCACUAGCAAUAACGAAUUGUUCAAUAUGUUCAAUCAAGAAAGGAACACAUUUGGCAAAGCUAAUUGAAAAAACUGAUUUAAUUAUUUGGGAUGAAGCUCCAAUGAAUAACAGACAUUGUUUCGAAACUUUAGACAGGUCUCUUACAGAUUUAUUAUCGCAUAUUCACACGUCUCAAACUAAUAGUCCGUUUGGAGGCAAGCCUUUAUUACUUGGCGGCGAUUUUAGGCAAAUAUUACCAGUAGUAACCGGUGGAAGUAAAGCCGAAAUAAUUGACGCAUCUUUAAGUCAUUCAUAUUUAUGGCCUUUUUUUUAAAUUUUCCAUUUAAAAGAAAAUAUGAGAUUAUUGAAAAAAGAACUCAACGUUUUAGAAAAAGAGAGGAUAUCAAAAUUUGCAGAAUGGAUUUUACAAAUUGGAGAUGGUAAUAUUCAGGCCCUUCAUGAUCCAAACGAUAAUGAUGCUUCUUGGGUUGAGAUUCCAGAUGACAUGCUCAUUAGUAAUUACACAAAUCCGAUAGAAGCAAUAUUUCUUGCGACUUAUCCAAAUUUUUAUACGAAAUACAAUAAUUUUGAUUACUUGAGAGAGCGAGUUAUUGUUACGCCUAGAAAUACUACAGUUAAUGACAUAAAUGAUUACGUGGUAAAUUUAUUACCAAGUAAUGCGAUUACUUACUUGAGUUCAGAUACUAUAUGUUCAACAACCGGAAAUAAUGAGAAUCUAAACGUACUAUAUCCACCGGAAUUUUUAAAUAAUCUCCAAUUGAAUGGAUUGCCGUCCCAUAAAUUGACUUUGAAAAAAGGAAUGCCUGUCAUAUUGUUAAGAAACUUAAAUCAAACAUGUGGUUUAUGUAAUGGUACAAGAUUAGUCAUUACCAAUUUAUAUGAAAGAGUCAUUGAAGCAAAAAUCUUAACCGGUAACAAUAUUGGUUGUAAGUUCUUUUUACCUAGAAUAGUAUUAACAGCUUCAGAAAACAAAUGGCCAUUUAUUUUAAAGAGACGCCAAUUUCCAGUUAGACCGUGUUAUGCAAUGACGAUAAAUAAGAGUCAAGGACAAUCUUUAAAACAAGUCGGCUUAUAUCUACCAGAACCUGUUUUUACUCAUGGCCAAUUAUAUGUCGCAAUAUCGAGAGUUACAUCAAGAGAAGGAAUAAAGAUCCUCAUAAAUAACAACAAUGAAAAAUCAAAUAAAUACGCAAAAAAUAUAGUUUAUAAAGAUAUUCUCCAGAAUCUAUAAUUUCAAGCUGUCUAUAAUUUCGCAUUUAGCUUAUACUGAUACAAUAUAAACAUUACUUUACUCACAAAUACACCUUCAAAAAGACCGUAAUACCCUUUAUUGCAUACAUAUUAAGAAGAGAAAAGAGACAUUUCAAUCCCGUUCUCUCUCACACCAUCAA